AUGGCAAUAUGUGGGACACCACUGCACCCACACCAUAAGCUGACCCACAGACGAGAGCGAGAGGCCUCUCCAGCUCACCGGGUCACUGAGCCACCGACACCCGCUGCCGCAGCCCCCAGGCUCCAGCUCUCCCCUCCUGACCUGCAACACCCACCCACUACCCCCCGCCCCCUUACACCUGCUCCAGGCCUCGCCCUGGAGACCAACUGCCCCCCCGGGGGGCCGGCGGAGGACGGAUGCUGUGGAAGUUGCCCCCCUCCACAGACGGCCCCGGUGCCUCAGAUGAUCAUGCCUACCAUCACCGGCGUGGAGUUGUGCCAAGAUGGAGAGGACGGAUGCCUGCCUACCGACAGUGGGAUGGAUCUGAUGGGAUCCCAGGAUAUGACCAUGGAGGAUAUUCCUCUGGACAAGAGAAUAGAAAAUAGGCUGCCCAUUCAAAUCUUCCCCGACCCCGUGGAGGUGGUCCUGGGCCCUGAGGGCACACUGACCUGCGUGGACCAUGAGAAGGAGCGCCUGCCGUCCAUCGUGGUGGAGCCCACGGACGUGUCUGAGGUGGAGAGCGGAGAGCUGCGUUGGCCCCCGGAGGACAUGGACUUUGAGGACGACGAGGACCUGUUCCUGGAGCAGUGCAUCCCCCCCGCCAACAUCGCCGACUGGGGGGACGAGGAGGAGGAGACCACCGCUCUAGUGGUCAACCACCACCAGCACACCUCGCUGUUAGAUCUCCAGACAGAUGAGUUCAGAGAUGAAACGCCUACUUUACCUCCGGAGAGUGCCCCUGCUUUAAACUGAGGCUCCUCUUAACUGUCCCCACUCCAUCCUGAACCCCACAUCCAAAUGAGGAGGCAGAGGAGACACUCUGUGGACACUUUACUCUUCACACAUCCAUUCUCUUUGUAGGAUGAGCAUUCCUUCACUGAAUAGGGUAAAAAAAAAAAAAAAAAAAAAAUAAUAGAAAAACGGUCACACUCCAAAAACAUUUGUUUUAUUUUUUAAUAUUUAUUUUAGUAGCGACAGAGGCUACAGGGGUCUACUUCUACAUCCACUGAACAGGGUGACAAUAUGUUACCCACCAGGUGUUCAAUGUUAAAAUGUCUCAUGAUAGCUUCAACAAAUGUACUGACCAGUCAACAUGUAUGAGAGAACAGCUUUAUCAUUACACACCAAAAGGGACUUUUAUGCUGCAUUUUUAAAUGGCUAUCAAUAUGUUUAAUCAUCAAGUUAAAGGGAUAUUCCACCAUUUGGGGAAACACACUUGUAUGCAUGUGGCUAUCAGUAUAUUUAAUCAUAAAGGGAUAUUCCACCAUUUGGGGAAACACACUUGUAUGCAUGUGGCUAUCAGUAUAUUUAAUCAUAAAGGAAUAUUCCACCAUUUGGGGAAAUACACUUGUAUGCACAGUAGCACUUUUAGCUCCAGCUCAUUGAAUCAGAUUAGACCGUUGGCAUCUCUCCUAUAAGCUAAUGGCCUAAUCUGAUUCAAUGAGCUGGAGCUAAAAGUGUUACUGUCAGACUCAGAGAACGGCUGGAUGAACUGGGGGAAGGUAAAACUGACUUGUUUAACUCAAGGGGAGGUGGAAAACGAGCGAAUUUCCCCAAAUGAUGGCAUAUCCCUUUAACAAAUUAAAGGAAGGCGUGCAAGAGUGUUUGUUGUGUCAGAGUUUUUAGGAAAUCAUGUAACCUCAAAGGAGAUGUUGUUUAUUACACAUGUUGGGAAGUGAUUCCAAGUUAACUUCAAACUCCCUCUGUACUUCCUUUUUUACACAUCUUCAUAUGUCAGCAUUUUGUCAUUGCAGUCAUAAAGUGUCAUGUAUUAUUUUCUGAUUACUCUGAGCGAGAGUGUAAGCAUCUGGAUGAUUUUGAAAUACAUUUGUUGGGUUGCUUAACAUCAGUUUUGCUGAUGGUUGCUAUGACUAUUCUGCAUAGUUGUUUCCUUUUUCUGAAAAUAAAUUAUAUGUGGAAAGAUGGAGAA